AUGGAUUGUGGGAAGUCGAUGAAGGUCGACAAUGAGCUUAUCAUGGAUUUGAUUGAGCGUUGGAGGCCGAAGAUGCACACUUUCCAUCUACCGAUUGGAGAGGCGACGGUGACCUUAGAAGAUAUGCAAGCCAUUUGGGGCUUGAGAGCGGACGGUCGCGUUUUCACAUGCCGUGACCAUCAUGUCGGAUAUACUGAUUGGCCUACCAAGUGUCGAGAUUUGUUGGGAUGGAUACCAGAUACAAACAUAGAGACAAAGCAAGGAGGACUCAUUCUACCAGACACCACGGGGUGUAAGGUUCCUUUUAUGUGGUUGAAUGCAUUUGAGGAUCCAAACGAGGUGCAAAAUAUUAGUUGGGGAAGUGCGGCUUUGUCGUACCUGUGUCAUUAUCUGCGCGAGUCUUCCAUGGAUAAGAGGAAAGAGUUGGGCGGGCCUAUGAUGCUUCUGCAGCUAUGGGCGUGGGAAAGAAUGCCCACAUUGAGGUUGUCGUUCAUAGGAGCGCUCGUGCACAAGUCAUAUACGCCAUGUGGCGCCAGGUGGAAAGGAACUACGCAAAUAGGAAAUGCUCCUAGAUUUUUGGUUGAGCAUUACUGUGAUCAAAUAUCCUUGAUUAGAUCUGACCAGAUUGCAUACUGUCUGACUAUUGCAGUGAUGUGA